UGCACCACAAGCUCAUCUCGGGAGUCUGCGGCACAGCAUACACCGCGACGGGCGAAGAAGCCUCACUGCGAGGACCACCCUCGGCGGAGACGAGGAGGAACGGGCAGCGACGUGCCCCUCUAGAGCCCCGCGCGGGGAGCGAUCGUGCAGAUGGUCGAGCCCUCGAGGUUGAGGGUGAUGUCGUAGGUGAACUCGAGCUCGCCGUCGCGAGCGAACGCGAAGUCGAAGUCGCGAAGCAGCUGGGCAAGGCCCACGACGGCUCGGCGCGCCAGGCGCGUGCCGAUGCAGCCCCGCGCGCCCGCGCCAAAGGGCAGCCACUGCGAGGGCGAGGGCGCGCCGCCCGCCGCGGGGUCCCGCAGCCACCUCGUGGGGUCGAAGUCCCCGGCCGUGGCGCCCCAGGCGAACUCGUCGCGGCCCACGUGGGAGAAGCAGGCCGUGCUCCCGUUCUUGAUCGCAUACCUGAGGGACCGUGGCGUCGGCGACCGAGGUGCGCCCGAAGAAGGGCACCGGCGGGUACAGGCGCAGGGUCUCCCGCGCCAGGGCCGUCGUGAACGGCAGGGCGGUCCUGAUGUCGUCGAAAGGCAGGGAGGCCGCGUCUACUUGCAUGGCCUCGGCGCGCGCAAGGGCAAGAUACUGAGCACGAUGGCGGGGCUCGUGGAGCACGUACAGGGCUGCGGCCAGCGUGGACGCAGUGGUGUCAGACCCAGCAAUGAUGAUGUCGAAGAGGAUCCUGCUUAUCUGCGUGUCGUCAAUUGUCCUCUCUCCAAUGAGAACCGAGAGCAGAUCUGCGCGUGAAGAACUCGCUGGUGCGGAUGAUACCGUGGACAGUUCUGAAGCUAUGGCAUCGCGGCGCUGUGCAAUGAUGUCGUCGACGAGCUCGCGCAGCUGCGGCAACAGACGGUCAACCACGGCGUUGUAGUUCGAUGAGAGGCGCGGGGCCACCUGGUAAACUGGCGGAACCUCGUUUGCCGUUGCUACGAUGCGCUCCAAAUACUCCUUGAUCCGCCGCCGCGCCACCAGCAAUGAGUGGAGUGCCCCAGGGCUCAUACACUCGCCAGAGUUCUUCGUCAAGAGGCCCCCCAAAGGACUCCGAGAGGCCCCCCAGGGCUCUCCCAGGGGGCCCCCGAGAGGCACAGAGGUGGCGGGAGGGGCCGGGCCGAAGGCCACCUAGAUGCAGUCCGACAGCUCAUCCGCGCGCUCGUACUCGUCGGCGGCAUCCCCCAGACCAAACGUGACCCGCAGUAUGACGUCCAGCGUAAAUCUGCGCAUCUCCGCGUACAGGUCCACCUCGGCCAGGCCUCCCCCCUCCGCGCAGAGCGCGUGCCAGCGCCUGCGCAGGGCCUCCAGCUCCGCCUGAACCCCAGAAUCCAAGGUUCCCAUGGACCGCUUGCUCUCGAACGACGGCAGACACAGCUUCUUGUUGCGCUUGUGGUCGGGCCCCUGCUCGUAGACGAUCCCGCGGUCCAGCUCCAGCGUCUCGAACAGCGGCACCGUGACCCGCCUCGCGAACGCGGGGGCCUUCUCGACCGCCACCUCCUGCGCGGACCGCGCGGACAUCAGGAACAUGAACUCGCCAGCCGGCCCCAGGUCCACGCGCGCCACGUCCUCGUAGCCCUCCCGCCGAAGCUGCAGAUGUACUUCCACGGGAACACGUUCGUCGCGAGCCCCGCCAGCGCCCCCAGCAGCGGCGGGCCCGGCGGGGGCCCGAAGGCGCCCGGGCCCACCGCCGCGGGCCCGCCGAGGCGCCCCCA